UAUCUAUUUAAUCUUGAUUUUGAACUACGAUUGACAAUUUGACACAAUCUUACACACGCACGAACUUUUAGUUAUUUCUUUGUUUGAAAUGUUACUAAAGAUUAAUUUAAUUUUUAAUUAAGUUCAAGUGCAAUGUUUUAUGUUUUUACAAAAUGCCAGGUGUAAGAAAAUAUCGUCGUGACACAAGUGAAGUCAGUUGUUGUUUAAAAUAUGUAAUUUUUGGUGUAAAUGUUUUGUUCUGGUUAGUGGGCUUAAUAGUCCUCGCUGUGGGUGUGUGGUCUUGGACAGAAAAAGACACCUUCAACAACUUGUCCCGCCUUACAAACAUAGCUUUAGAUCCAGCAUUCAUACUCAUAUGUGUUGGCACAAUAACAUUCAUAAUUGGCUUCACUGGGUGUGUUGGUGCACUUCGUGAAAAUACUUGUUUGUUAGCUUGUUAUGCUGUGUUUUUGGCACUUCUGCUACUUGCAGAGAUGACAACUGGAAUCCUGUUCUUUGUCUUCAAGGACUGGAUAAAACAACAGGCCACGACUGGAUUUCAAACGUUCAUCGUCCACUAUAGAGAAGACCCCGAUCAACAAAACAUGAUCGAUUGGAUCCAAGAAGAAUGGCUCCAGUGUUGCGGCGUCGAGGGUCCCAAGGACUGGGACAGGAACGCGUACUUCAACUGUUCGAGUGGGGCGGCCGGCGCUAGGGAGGCGUGCGGCGUGCCCUUCAGCUGCUGCAGGAACAAGCCUCAGGACAUCAUAAGGAACAAGCAGUGUGGAUAUGACGUCAGGAAGUCGCCCGACCAAAUAAUGGAACGCGUGAUCCACGAGCGAGGUUGUGUCUCCGCCGGGGAAGAUUGGCUUCAAAGAAACAUAGCGUCUGUAGCGGCCGUCGCCAUAGCUCCCUUGGCUACCAAGACUUUAGAAAUUGCUAAGAUAAUAUACGAUAAAGGUUGCCUCGAAGCAGCCGAGGAGUGGUUCGAACACAACCUGUUGAUUGUAGCGACUUCGGCUGUAUGUAUCGCUUUUGCACAAAUCCUGGGUAUAUGCUUUGCUCAGAACCUACGAGCGGACAUCUUCGCUCAAAUGGCGAAGUGGCACUGACAAUCAGCCUCUCCUGCAGCGGUGUGACGCGACCGCCGCGCCACCGUUCCCUACGCGAUGCUCUGCGGACACGCACCGAUCGAUUCUGAACUCUGACGGUAACUAUUUAAGAUCGAGUUCUCUACAAUACGCCUAAUGAACUCGUACUAAGUCGCGCGAUACGAACAUAUGUGUAGGCGAACGAAGAUUGAAGUGACUAAAUAUUGAUGUUGUCGUCCCUCUUUAACAAGUAAACUUUAUGACGGACUUCAUCUUCUCUCCCUCUCUUUCGUUUUUGCGUUUCGUCUCAUUCGACAUUUAAAUUUGGACAAAAAAAUCAAAAUCGGAUCUGAUUGUGGCGAAAAUCUCUUUUAUACUUAUUCGUGUUUAGUUUUAUUAUUUGAAAUGAAUGAAACUUGUUUAGCACUGUUGUGAUUUAAAAUGCGAUGAAGCGGAAACAACACCAGAGACAAACUUUUUUUUCCUUCAAGUUGGUAACCUCGGGGCUUACAUCCACAGGAUUUAGCCAGCGAGAAAAUGAGGUAGAAUACUAACGAAGGUUUCACUUCUACCCCGUGUGUAUUACAUAGAUUUUUUUUUUUAAAUCCUGAAAUGAUUGCGUAGAGAGACACAAUAUAUUAAACCAAUCGCAUUACCAAAUGCUAAAUUUGAAAAGUUGUAAUCAUUGUGUAAGAGGACCAUUCUCGAAACUGAAACAGUAAUAUAAACGGAAAAUAACUUGUGUUCCGUCAAUUAUGGAAAUUCAACUAUAUUCAUUGCAAUUUAAGACUUAGUUUCAUUCUUCUAUUUAUUAGCUUUUCUCUUGUUGUUUUAUUAUUGACAUUAUAAAAAAUAUCACAUUAUAGACAGAAGAGAAAAAUGUACUAAGCAAUUUUUCUGUUUGUCUAUUAUGUUGUAAUUGGAUUCGCAAAGCUAAAUCUAGCUAAAUAUUUAGCAAAUUCAUAUAUUCGUGAAAGCGUCAAUGUAAAGCGAAUUUUCAAAUGUCGUACAUUGCGUUCAGUACUAGUGCAUUCGUUGAAUGUUCUUAGGCAAUGGUUGCAAUGGUUUUCAGUUCAGGAAUCGUACUCUUAACGUACAAUACACAUGGCCGAAUGCCGUUCGGUUGUUGUCACGCCAGAGUUUGCAAGCUCGAGGCGGGACCGUAAAUUGUAAGUUUUUCUGCAAGACGAAGGUGUUAUCAAUCGAAAUAUAUUGAAGACUAAAUUCAGAAUACUUUAUAUGUGACGUCAUUACCCUAAAACCAUUUAUUAUGUCUGUAUUAUUUUGUUAUAUAGUAUAUAACAUUAUGUUACACAUUCAACAAAUAAAUAGAACUAAGUUAUGAGGUACGAAUUCCAUUUGUAUUUGUUGGUAAGGAAACCAGCAACAGUCAUUUGAUUACUUUUUGAUGGAUCCCUUUGUCUAUAUACAAUGAACUAAUUGGAUGAAAAAACAUUUGACAGUGACAUUUUGUACUAGGAAAUUGCUUCUUUUUUUUUUUAAUUUCCGCUGACACUGUUGCAUGGAAUUCGCCGGGAAACACGCACAUUAAUAAAGUAAAUUUUUUAUAUUGCUCGUUUAUAUACGACGUUAAUGUUGUGAAGAGAUAAUGUAAUUAUUUAUAUAAAAGUUUUAGCCAUACCGUAAGUGAUUAAUGUGAAGAAAAAAAACUAAUUACCUUCCAGUGAAUUGUUCUGUCGUUUCUCUUCUUCAUAGGUCCCUUGUUGUCUGUCACUAAUGUUUCACGUCUUGUGUUAUUCCGUCUAAAAUUUUUUAUAUUAGAUUGUCAAAAUGCGUUGGUGGGAUCGAUCGGUUUCGAAAAACACAAAUAGUUAAGUAAUUUAAAUGUUUAAUUAAAAACAUGACAGUUCUGCCAACUUUAAAAAAAAACAAGUAUAUGGGGUCAUUCGGGAUGAUGUUAAGCCUCCUUUUUGGGCGGACGUGUGAUAAAUUAAAAACGAGUUUGCUCAUUUUACGCAAAUCGAUUUCUAAAACAUUUCAUUCAAAGAAUUAGAUGAAGUGUAUUUUUGAAUUCAGAUUUCGGAGCCGAUCGUGUCCUAGAGAGUGAUGUGUUCAAUAAUUGCCAACAUUAGCCUUAAAGGGAGCUGUGAGAUGAGUUAGGUCGUGGAAUUUUAGAGUAUUGUACAUUAUGAAAGAUUAUUAUUAUAUAUUAUAAAACGAUACGAUAUAUUUAUAAUUGAAUAUGCAAUUUCGAAAAGGGUACAUGUCGCAUAUUUUGUAAAUACGUUUUUUCAUAUACAUGUACUUUUGAGGCUUACCUACACCCAUUUUAUAAUAAUUCCAGUUAUUUUCAAUUGCUAAUUAACACUAAAAUAUAUCUCAAAAGUUAAUAUGUAUUUUAAAUUUUACACUGCUUUAGAAAAUAUCAGUUUUUUUUUUCAUUUCCUGAACAUUUUACAUUGUCAGAGAUGUGCCCUUUUCGAAAUUGCAUAUAUUCAAUUAAAUUACAAAAGAAUAAUUUAUUUACAUUUAGCACGUAAAACAAUGUCGGUUUUUUUUUUAAAUGAUUAUUGUGAGCAUAGCCUGAGAAGUCAGUUGAGGAAUAUUUUUCGGGUCGUCUUAGGCGAGUGCGAUCAUAGCGUUUCGUUUUAAAAGCAUCGUUAGGGAUCGAGUGAGGUAGCAGGAGAAUAAUGGCUGAACAUAGUUUAAGUAAAAAAAAAAUAGUUUUAGACGAAUUAUAUUUUGAGACAGCUAGAUAUUAAUGAUACUCACUUAGACUUAGGCUUGUAUUGAACGUAAUUAUAGGGGAUUUUUCGAAUGUUCUGGAUUUGGCAAGUUGAAUUAUCCGGCGUUUUUUUUUUACAUUCAACCUUCUGUUUUCAGUACAUGAUAAAUUAAAAAUAAAUAAAUUAAAUUAAUUCGAUGUUGGCUUCCACACAUUUGUUUUAUAUGAGUCGUCUAUUAUCAAAGGUGGCAAUCUGUGCAUUUGGACAAAAAAAUGUUAUUGAUAAGUCAAUACGGAUUGAUUUGAAUAUAAUCGUCUCCUUCAAAGAAUACGGUUCAAAACCUGCAUUAAAUAAAGGUUAAUAGUUAACCUGUUAUUUAUCUAAGAUGUCGUUCCGAAGAGUUUUGUGACUGCCAAUGGAAUACAAAGUCAAUAAUUCGUUUUUAUGAUUUACCAAUAAUUAUCCAAAAGUCAGAUUGCCGGCUUUGAUAAUAGUCGACUCAUAUAUAAGAAUUUAUUAAACAUUGAGAUCGUAUAUUAGUAGGUUAAUAAAUCGGUGAUUUCAUUUUUUAUUUUUAUUUUAUUUUAUUAUCUAGUAAAAAUACUUAAAGAACAAACACCUAUACUCGUAUUAAAGUAAUUCGUUGAGAAAGAAUUGCUUAUGCGGCUUAUGUAUAGUAUUAUUAUGUAUAGUAUUAUUAACUUUUGCGUUUCGUAAAUUCAAUUCAAAAACUAAUUUUGUCGACCUGCUAACAACUUGGAUGCUCGUCACCGUGAAAACUGCAAUGUAUUCAAAAUAAGUCGGUAACAAUAUAAUGAUAUAUGAUAAAGUACUUUUAAUUAUAUCGUGUGAUAAAAGGUUAUUUGGCUUAAGCGACAUGUAUGCAUAUUUACAGAAGAGCCAUUUAAAGUUUAAAAAUUUGGAAAAUAUAUCAUAACAAAAAAACUUCUUCAGCUAAAAAUUUUAAUGGGGUAAACAUAAUUGAAGUUCAAUUAAAAACAUCGAACUAUUUAUAUUAGUAUUAAAUAAAACGGACCUUUAAUUACAAAGAUAAAAUAUGUCGCUUAAACCAAAUAGCCUCUCCUCACUCUUAGAUCGUCUUUUUGCAUUAAAAGUGUACAAUUUCCAAAAGUAUUCGAAAUUGAGUUAAUACGCGGAAUCAUUUGGUAUCACCAGUAUUUUUCUCACAAAUGCUGUCAAAGGAGCAUAGAUUCGUUUUUUUUUUUUAGUAUGUCUAUGUUUUGACUACUAUUAACAAAAUUAAUACAUAAUUUUAUCUUACUUUAAAAGACAGAUAAUGUAACUAAUGAAAAAUAAAUGUUGCAAAGAUGAUUAAUAUGAAAUUAAAUAUUAUAUUAAAUUAAACCUUUAAGACACUCCUGUGAAAUUAGUAAGUUUUGAGAUUAUCCAGUUUUAAUGCGAGAAGACGAUAUGUGACGAGGUUUUCAAACGAGACUUUUUUCAAUUAGAAAUCUCCAAUUGAAUCUUAAUACAUUCCUGUUUAUCAUCAGUAAAUGAAAUAAUGAAUCUCAAAAGCAUGGCCGUAUCGGUUUCGUAAUGAAUUCGUUUGAAUUCCUCCACAAGAUUCUCAAAUACUUAUGAUAAAACUUUUGAACUGUAAGAAUUGUAUUUUUUUUUUGCAAAUGAAGUUCCAAGCGAAACGAUUCCUGCCCAGUAUUGUAAUAAGGUAUUUUAAUAUAAUAGAUUAUUUUUUAAUAUUUAAAACAUUCUGCUGAAAUUAUUUUGCGGUCAAUUUUUGUCGUGCCUUCACUAAAUAUAUAUUUGUAGUCACAUGAUAUUAUUGAUAACUUUUUUUUUUAAUUAGUAACAUAGCGUUUUGAAUAAACUUGGUGAGUGAAAGUAUGUUUUAUGACUUUGGUAACAUCGGUCGAUUAAUUUUCUAUUGUUUCCUCUUAACUAUGCGCUGGUAGUCUAAGAGGCUAAUCUAGCAACGCGCGGACGGGUAUGUGAGCUCACGGGUUCAACCUGAGAGAAUUUGCUAACACUAGCCCUAGCAAGAGCAGUGCUUCGCAGAAUGUACCACCGGAUCGAAAUCGCGAUCCACUGAGAAAGACCAUAUUAACUGCGCCACCGUUUUCUUCAAACUAAAAUAACUAAUACUAUAGAAUUCUCUGUAUGAAAAACGUGUCUUUACACAAAAAAAAAAACAAAAAAAAAAUACUGUACAAAAACUCCGAAAAAGUACAUAAAUAUUAUAUGCAUUUACGUAUUAUAUAACAUAUGAAUCUGUGGUGUAACCAGUGCUUUGUAAUAUUAAUUUCAGCGCUCUAUUAAUGAUAUAUUCACUAACAUAAUGAAAAAUAUACAUGAUAUGUUGAAUAGAUUAAUUACUCUACAAUAAAUUUCUGUGCCAUCGCUCUGCAAAUUUAGAAUCGGCCAUUAAAUCAUUCAUGUUCUAAUCGUUUUUUUAAUUUUGUGCUAAAAUUAACAGCGACUACAUUUUGUCAUCUCACGGUCUUAUUCAGAAUAAAACGCCCAUCAAAAGUACAAUUAAUAUUGUCGGACUGUUAACUAAUGUUUUAGAUCUAUAAAGAAUUAACAGUUGGCAAUCGUCUUAAGACCAAAAUAGUAUAGAAGUCGCUUAGAACUGUUGUUACUAUAUAAAAAUCUGCUUUUAGUUAUAAUAUAUUAUAAAGGGUGUAUUGGAAUUUUUCUCGAAGUAGAAACAGGCUGAGAGUACAAAAAAAUGUCUAUACAACUUACAAUAAAAAAGAAAAAAAAGUAAGCGAUGUUACAUUUUCUUACAUACAUUAGAAAACUACACUACAUUUCUAUACAUGUUAGUUCCGAUCAUCUUGAAUGUGAAUACUUUUGAAUAUAUUGCGUAUAGUUCUGAAGCCGCAAUAUAAUACAAAUUAUCAAGACUUGAGAUUCCACGCGUUAUAUUAAAUUUUGAUCAUAGUCUAUUAUCGUUUCGCAUUUGUGAAUGAUUUCAAUACACCCUGUAUAAAUGCGUUUGUAUUAUGUAACGUACUCAUAAUAAUGUAGCGUAGAGAUUAUAUUGUUUUAUUAUUAUACAUGAUUUAAAUAAACAUUAUAUAUAAAAUAAAUCAUUAUGUAUUUUAAUCUU